ACUGGAGGGACGCUCUGAGCAUGUGCAGAGCUGUUUGGCGGCGGCUGCCUGGGCCAGAGGCUGGGGCCCGGUGCUGAUGCGAACAGCCGGCUCGGCCUCUGUCCCAGCGUGGUCGACGCCCCGGGCCCGGGUGGCAGGGAAGGAGCCAUAGUCUCUCCGCGGCUGGAGGAGCGGGCGCGGCGGCGCGCACCACCCCGGCGGCCGCGGCGCCUUCGGGGCCCACGAUGAUGGCGGAGCAGGUGAAAUGCGCCUCGGCAGGGGGCGGCUCCGGAGCGGGCCCCGGGCCGGUGGUGAACGCGGAGCUGGAGGUGAAGAAGCUGCAGGAGCUAGUGCGCAAGCUGGAGAAGCAGAACGAGCAGCUGCGGAGCCGGGCGGCCAGCGCGGCCGCCGCCCCGCACCUGCUGCUGCUGCCGCCGCCGCCGCCCGCCGCGCCGCCCCCCGCCGGGGCCUGCAGCCCAUUGGGUCCGCGGAGCCCCCCGGCCGUCGCCGCCGCCGCCUCGGGGGGUCUGGGGCUCGGGCUGGCGUUGGGCGGCGGCGGCGGCAGCGGCAGCGGCAGCUCCAGCCCCGCGUUCUCGGGGACGUACUGCCUGCCCAGCCCGGCGCCCUCCCUGCUCUGCAGCCUGGCGCAGCCCCCCGAGGCGCCCUUCGUCUACUUCAAGCCGGCGGCGGGCUUCUUCGGCGCGGGCGGCGGCGGGCCGGAGCCGGGGGGCGCGGGGACGCCGCCGGGGGGAGCCGCCGCGCCGCCCUCGCCGCCCCCCACGCUGCUGGACGAGGUGGAGCCGCUGGACCUGGAGAGCGUAGCCGCCUGGCGGGACGAGGACGACUACACCUGGUUAUACGUUGGCUCUUCAAAGACAUUCACAUCAUCAGAGAAAUCCCUGAGCCCUUUGCAGUGGUGUAGACACGUCCUAGAUAACCCGACUCCGGAGAUGGAAGCAGCAAGGCGUUCCCUGUGCUUUAGACUGGAGCAAGCGAGCCGAUGGCGGAAUCCCUUCUCUUCAAAGGUCUCACUGGCUUUUCCUUACAGUCCUGUUGCAAGACUCAGCCCUUAUAGCAAUGGCAUUAAUACUCCCAGCUUCUCUAAAACCUCAAAUAAAGCAAUACUAACACCUGAAAGAACAGGUCACAGCUCCAGGGGCUCCCCUCUCAGCCCCCAGUCCUCUAUAGACAGUGAGCUGAGUACUUCGGAAUUGGAAGAUGAUUCUAUCUCCAUGGGAUAUAAGUUACAGGAUCUCACGGACGUUCAGAUCAUGGCUCGUCUCCAAGAAGAAAGUCUCAGGCAAGAUUACGCUUCCACGUCAGCAUCUGUGUCCAGACAUAGCUCUAGUGUGUCACUGAGUUCAGGAAAAAAAGGGACGUGUAGCGAUCAAGAGUAUGACCGCUUCAGCCUGGAGGACGAGGAAGAAUUUGAUCAUUUGCCACCACCGCAGCCUCGUCUUCCAAGAUGUUCACCUUUCCAAAGAGGCAUUCCCCACUCACAGACUUUCUCCAGCAUUCGGGAGUGUAGGAGGAGCCCCAGUUCCCAGUAUUUUCCUUCAAAUAAUUACCAGCAGCAACAGUAUUACUCACCUCAAGCCCAAACUCCAGAUCAGCAACCAAAUCGGACCAGUGGAGACAAGCUCCGGAGAAGUAUGCCUAAUCUAGCUCGGAUGCCAAGUACAACCGCUGUCACCAGCAAUGCCAUCUCUCCAGUCACCGUGAGAAAUAGUCAGAGUUUUGACUCGAGCUUGCAUGGAGCCGGAAACGGGAUUUCGAGAAUACAGUCUUGCAUUCCCUCCCCAGGACAGCUCCAGCACAGAAUCCACAGCGUGGGACAUUUCCCAGUGUCUGUGCGGCAGCCGCUGAAAGCCACGGCCUACGUGAGCCCCACUGUGCAGGGCGGCGGUGGCAGCACGCCUCUGUCCAACGGCCUCCAGCUGUACUCCAACUCCGGCAUCCCCACACCAAACAAAGCUGCCCCAGCCGGGAGCGUGGGCCGCAGCGCCCUGCCCAGACCUUCACUGGCAAUAAACGGGAGCAACCUGCCUCGAAGCAAAAUUGCACAGCCCGUUAGAAGUUUCCUUCAGCCUCCAAAGCCUCUGUCUUCGCUCAGCGCUCUGAGGGACGGGAGCUGGAGAGACGGUUGCUACUGAUGGCGGUUCGACGUGCCCCUGGAGCACGGGAAAGGAGUGGAAAUGAGGGUCGAGUUACCUAGCUGGCUAGGGAACCGUGAACGUCGGGAUAUUCUUUCCCUUCUGCAUUUUAACAUGUUGACUGACUGCAUUGUUUUUCAACGGACCAAGCGCCAGAGACUAAUGAUUGCACUUAAAUAUUUGCCUGAGAGAAUACCGCACCGGUCUGGGAGCCGUGGUCGUGGUAUUGUGACACUUAGAUCUAGGGGGUUUUUGUAGAACUGCUAUGUACCUGAACACUUUUCGAGGGGAUUGAGAUGUAUCAAUAAUACUUUCUUUGUCAUGAGUUUGUUAAAGUAACUUGUUCAGUUUACUUACGUGUUCUAAACAUCUUCCCAUUACAUGUUUGGUGUUUUAAUACAUUGCAUAUUUACAACUAGGUUCUAUAAUUUAUGCUUCGAAGUUUACUUUUUUAUAGUUUACAGGAAUUUUAUUUUUUGUGCCUAUUUCUUUUUACACCUAUGUGAACCACUAUGGAACAACUUAAAUUUUGUGCCAUAAAAAUAUUUUUGUGGUAAGGUACUAUUUUUUUAGCUCUAGGGAUAGAUCAGCAAAAAUCCACCAUACAAUUUGAAAGACCUAAUUUUAUGUUGAAUGAGCACAACCUGAGCUGAAGCAUCGCAAGGAAGUAGCCAGUUAGAGGCUCUUGUCGUUUUCUUUGUUAAUUUAUUGUCAUACAUGGGUUUCCGAUUUAUAAAGGCAUCACGGGCUCAUUGCACUUAAUACCUGCAGUGUUUGCUACUGUGCCACGAUUGAUUUUCACUACUUUAUUACAGAGGAUGAGAAACUGUAAUGUUUUAUUAACAAUGCUUCUGGAAAUGGAUGCAUUUUGAAGCAAAUAAAUCUUUUUGAUAGACCUUUUACAAAAUCCAUUUGCACUAAUGAAUGCUUUCUUAUGGUAUAUGACUUAAUAUUUGUUACUGUGUACACUGCUCUUUUGGAAUGUUCAGAAAUAAAGACUAUUUCAGCAAUAUCAGGUCACGCAUGGCUGUGCAGCAUGAGCAGUAAAAACACCAUCUCUGUGUUUCACAAUCGUUGUGAGAGCAGGUAUUGCUGCUUUGUUCUUAGGCGGACCAUCUAUAGCUGACACGUUUGUGAAAACUGUUUCUCCAGAAUACUCCUGGUAAGAAUGGGAGGUUUUGGUUUUGCAGUGAGGUGUAGGUCCCUUUUAGAAAGGCCAUCAACUCAGGUAGCCUCUUGCCCAGAAAUACUUGCCGAUGAACACCGUCUGUGAUGAACAUUUCGUGGGGGUUCGAUUUGAAGUAUCGUCCCAGUAUCAGCACACUUAUUCUCUGUUAUGUCUGAUGUAUGUUACAGGAAAACUUUUCACCUGAAGGUACUAUGGAAAGGUUAGGCAAAGGUUUUAAUGUUAAAUAUUAAAAUAGAAACUUAUAUGUAAUCCCAUCCAGAACGCUUUAGUUAACUUGCUGAGGAAAUGAAAUCUGAGCUAGAGGAGUUGUGAGAUACUGAAGAGGAAGGAAUAUUUUUUGAGCACCACUUUAGUGAGAACUGUUCUAGAGAUUUCGCAUACAUUUGUCUAUUCCAAACCACCUGCUGCUCUCACCAUUUACAAAAUAAACACACUGAGUCCAAGGUAGCAUGUAAACCUUAUACAGACGUUUUGCUAGUCGUAAAGCUGACUUAGGAAUCCAGGUUUAGCGGAACUCAGAAAUCUGUUUUCCCCACUGCUGUGCUCUCCUCCUAUGAGCACAUGUAGUUAGUACAUUUUUUAAAAAAAUGGGUUUCUAUACUGCUAAGGAAAUUAAAAGACUAAAUAUCAUUUUCAAUUUAAAUCAUUUCUAUCCAAAAAAGUCUGUUCAGCUCUUGGGAUGAUAAAGAGCUCCGUGCUUUGGAUCUCACAUUCUAGUUGGCCGGAGACACAGUAAACGAUCAAGUGAGUGAAGCUCAGUGUAGAUCCCUACUGCUCCGGAA